UCUUCAUUGCCGUAGAGAUGUCCAGUGUUUUGAUACUGCUCUCGACUCUGCUGCUGGCGCUGCACUUGUCCGACCUCGUCUCAGCUUCAUCCGCAGUCCCAUCCACAGGCCCAACCACAGCUCCUGCUGCUGCACGACACGAUGUGGUGAUGGUAAUCUUUGAUGAUCUGCGUCCAGUUCUGGGGGCCUAUGGCGAUCCCCUGGCCAGCACACCGCACCUGGAUGCCUUUGCCCAGGGCGGACAUGUCUUCACGCGGGCCUACAGUCAGCAAGCUCUGUGCGCGCCCAGUCGGAACUCCCUGCUCACUGGCCGCCGUCCGGACACCCUGCAUCUGUAUGAUUUCUACAGCUAUUGGCGCACAUUUGUGGGUAACUUUACCACGCUGCCGCAGUACUUCAAGCAGCAUGGGUACUACACCUACAGCUGCGGCAAGGUCUUCCAUCCGGGUCUGUCCUCGAACAACAGCGACGACUAUCCAUUGAGCUGGUCCGCGCCAGCGUUCCGUCCACGCACCGAGCAGUACAUGAACUCGCCCGUCUGUCCCGAUCGCGAGGGUGUGCUCCGCAAGAAUCUCAUCUGUCCGGUGCACCUCCAGACGCAGCCCUACAAGACCCUUCCGGAUAUUGAGUCUGUGACGGAGGCACUGCGCUUUGUGGAGUCGCGAAAGAGCAGCAGUAGUCCCUUCUUUCUGGCCCUCGGCUUUCACAAGCCGCACAUCAACUUCCGCUUCCCGCGGCAGUUCCUCGCUCGGUUUCCACUCCAGCAAUUCUUCAAUUACACGGAGGACAGCCUCAAGCCGCCGGACAUGCCCGCCGUGGCCUGGAAUCCCUACACAGACGUCAGAGCUAGGGAUGACUUCAAGCACUUGAACAUCUCCUUUCCCUAUGGACCCAUAUCCAGGCAUCAGGCGGCGCAGAUCCGUCAGGCCUAUUACGCCUCGGUGGCCUAUGUGGAUGAUCUGUUCGGGAAGCUGCUGGCCGGAUUGGAUCUACAGCGGACGGUGGUGGUGGUGCUGGGCGAUCACGGCUGGUCGCUGGGGGAGCACGCCGAGUGGGCAAAAUACAGCAACUUCGAGGUGGCCCUGCGGGUGCCAUUGAUCAUCCGUUCGCCGGAGUUUCCGGUGACCCAAGCCAAGGCCCAUAGAGGCAUAACGGAGUUACUGGAUGUCUUUCCCACUCUGGUGGAUCUGGCAGGGCUGCCAUCGCUACCCGUUUGCAGGCAUCCCACCGAUGUGACCUGCGGCGAGGGCAAGAGCUUGUACCCACAGCUUCAGGGCUCGGGGUUGGAUUUGGUGAAUGAUCAUGUGGCCCUGAGCCAGUAUCCCCGUCCUGGCAUGCUGCCCACCAAGCAUCCAAAUAGCGACAAACCCAAGCUGAGGAACAUCAAGAUCAUGGGCUACAGCCUGCGCACGGAUAUCUACAGGUAUACGCUGUGGGUGCGUUUCCACGCACAGAAUUUCAGUCGUGAUUGGCAUGAUAUCUAUGGCGAGGAGCUGUAUGAUCAUCGUGUGGAUGCGGGAGAGGAGCUGAAUCUGGUUCCAAUGCCCGAAUUCGAUGAUGUGCGACAGCGUCUACGGCGGCGUUUGAUGGAGGCAGUGGAUCUGUCUCGCUUCUCAUAAUUUUGAAUAAAUUUAUAAGCCAUAAA